GGCGGGGGCGGUGCCAUAGCAAUAGAAUUCCGCCGGGAGUCUGAGCUGCUCAGCGCUGGUUAGUUCAGACGCGGGUUUGGCGCGGCGGCUCCCAAAUUCUGCUUCCGAGAAAUGCUCCCGGAGGCUUGAACCCAGCCUGAGGAACCACAUCUAAGAAAACCCCGCCUGCAGCUGCAGAUUCAGCUUGGAUUCCUCAAAUUAUUCAGGGAUGGAGCAUCUUCAGCAGUGUUAACUCCAUUACCAUUUCCCCAAGAGAUGGCAUCUUUGCAAAGGGAAGGGCUUCAGGCAAGGAUUCUCAGCUCUGAAGAAGAGGAGAAACUGAAAAGAGACCAAGUUUUAGUGUCUGACUUUAAACAGCAAAAACUGGAAAAAGAGGCUCAGAAGAACUGGGACCUUUUUUACAAAAGAAAUAGUACGAAUUUCUUCAAAGAUAGACACUGGACCACCCGAGAGUUUCAGGAGCUCAGAUCAUGUAGGGAGUUUGAAGGUCAGAAAUUGACUAUGCUUGAAGCUGGCUGUGGGGUUGGGAACUGUCUAUUCCCGCUUUUAGAAGAAGAUCUGAAUAUCUUUGCUUAUGCCUGUGAUUUUUCUCCAAGAGCAGUUGAAUAUGUCAAGCAAAAUCCUUUAUAUGACACAGAAAGAUGCAAGGUAUUCCAGUGUGAUCUAACUAAAGAUGACCUUCUGGAACAUGUGCCCCCAGAGUCUGUGGAUGUUGUCAUGUUGAUAUUUGUGCUCUCUGCUGUUCACCCUGAGAAGAUGCACCUUGUCUUACAAAACAUUUACAAGGUAUUAAAGCCAGGCAAAAGUGUCUUGUUUCGCGACUAUGGCCUAUAUGAUCACGCCAUGCUUAGGUUUAAAGCUGGCAGCAAACUUGGAGAGAACUUUUAUGUUAGACAAGAUGGAACCAGAUCAUAUUUUUUCACUGAUGAAUUCCUGGCCCAGCUCUUUAUAGACACAGGUUAUGAAGAAGUGGUGAACGAGUAUGUAUUUCGUGAGACGGUGAAUAAAAAAGAAGGCCUAUGUGUGCCGAGAGUUUUCCUUCAGAGCAAAUUCCAAAAGUCUCCAAAGAACCCAACUCAUGUGACAAGGAGCCUGGGUCACAAGUCCUGACCUUUCAUGAGAUGAAUAGUCUGUACCGCCCCUUGAAGCGGAAAGUUUCAAAAUCACUCUUUUUAUUUUGUAUAUUUUUAUAUUUAACUUUUUAAAAAUUAUGUAUAAUCUUUGUAUUCAAAAGUAGCCAGUGUGUGAAGUGUGUGUGUGUUAUGGACAUGCAAAAGCAAAUAAAACUGCAAGGCCUGGAAAGUAAAGAAAGUUUUAUGGUAUAACAUAAUACAGCCAUGCUGUCUGACUGAAAAGUCCCCGAAGGAAAGCAUUAAGGACCUUGUAGCACUUAAAGAGAUCUUUGUCAUUACUUCUGAGAGUCUGUAAGUGUGUCUCUAGGCAGCGUGUCAGACAGCCCUGUAGAAAAAUGAGGCCAGAUAGACUAAAAUAACACAUCCAUAUCUAUUUUUAGCCUGAAAGAUUAUUCUCUCUUCCCAGUGUCUCAUAUUUGUCCAUGUUUCUCUGCUUCAGUUCAUGUAUUUGCCUCUUCAAGACCAGUGUUCCGCCAAUACCACUUUUGCUCUAUCUCAGGAACCCACUGUGGCUCCCUGCCUAAUUCUUGAGACUGUCUCUAGCUGGUCCAGUCCCUGGCCACGCCGCCCCGAGGGAGAGCGGGGAAGGCCACCACAUCCCCCAUCUGCCCAGUGCAGUUUCUUCAGGAACAUAGCGGAUGGACUGUCCCAGCUCCAUGUUGGGAAACAGGAGGUAGUGGUUCGGAGGUAAAUGACUGACGUGGCCAAAAUUACGUAGCUGGUGUUUGAUGGAAUAUGGGAAAAUCCUUAAAUUGGUCUGCUGUCCUGUUUCCCAAGCAUUCCCAUAGAAUGACUGACUUCAUGAAAAAAAUCCAAGUUCUUUUGGCCUGCUAACAAAACGUGAUCCUCUAAGCCUUGGUGUUUCCUUUUUUGCAGAAGGCUGUUUAUGAGAGCCUUUGUCUUGAGCGUUUUGUGGCCUGCACGUGCAGCAAGGUAGCUUCAAGCCCAACCACAUCUGAAGAGGAGGCUUCCCAGUGGGUUGGUGGCUGGGUAAUAGUCAUAGCCAUUUUAUGCAACUGGAGUAAAUCCUGGCUCCUGCUGAGAAGAGGGACAGGCAGUGGGUCUCAGCGUGCUUGCUGGGUGUCCUGCCAUCUCUCCUUGACUUCUUAGGAGGGGCCCGUGGAGCGGGGGAAACAAGAGGAACCCUUAUUUCUUGCUGGUCUGUUGCAUUGUACAUUCUCUCCCCUUCUUUUGAAGGCCAGAAGAUGGCUAUACUAGGUGAAAGCAAAACUGAUAAUAGUACCUAUUUUGUCCUUUGCAGUGUUUUUAUUUUUCUUUAAACUCAACUUGUACGGAAGAUGGGCCUACAGGAUAGAUGCUCACGGGCCUUACCCUGCCCCAGAGCAGUCUGUGAAGGGAGAGCGCCCCACUUCCAGGCCGGGCUCUUUCCUCUAAGCCCCCUCACCUAAUGAAUCCCACAACCGGCUUUAGCCCCCAAACUGCCUAAUGCCCCUCCACAGAAGUCCUUUCACCUCUUGAUUAGGUCUGACCAAUGUGACUUGGAUUUUAGUGGCUGAGUGGGAUACAAACAGGAUAUUUGAAGUAGAAAAUGGGGAGCAGUAUGAUGUAGUAUGAUGUAGAAGGAUAAGCGUGGGCUUUUUUUAUCAGAAGUCAUUUGGAAUUGUGACCUCAUCACUUACCUGUUUGAACUUCAGAUUCCUCAUUUGUGGAAUGGGGACAGGUGUACUGAGAAAUGUAUCUACUGAAGGUCGUUGAUCCAGGGUAGAUCAUAUGCCUGACCGAUGGGAGUGACACUCUAAAGAAAGCUGAGCAGGCUGACAAGGACCCCGGCCGGCCUUGUCAGAAAGAAAAGGUCUCUCUCCCUUUGCCGGUUGGCUGGGGGAACGUCUGUGAAAGAGGCUAAUGGUUUCCUCCAAACACGACUUGAACUUGUCUUCAGCCACAGGAGCAGUUAUGGCCCCAAAUUCCUACCCCAUAAAGGAACGCCUGCAGAAGUUUUCAUUUGGAAUAUUUAAAGCUGGCCUAACGAUAUGCCCACCUCUGACACUGAGCAAGGUAACCUCUCAGUGACCCCACUUUAAAAUAUACUGGUUGUAAAAUAUACUUCUAGUUAAAUGAAUGAGGUGACACAGUCCCUCACGGUUUUAGCUAUGAGCCAGUGAAGAAACAAACAAAAAAGCCGUGCAUUAUAAAUACAUGGCUGUGGUCCCACUGUCUCAGUUUCCGUGAGUUCAUUGUCCCUGAGCAUACCUCCAUUAUUGCACCCCCAGAUUAAGACAGCAGAGGAGCAGAGUCUCUCACAAUUUGGGUGUCCAGGGACCCAGGAAAGCAAGGGCACGGUUUAGUAGCAAAACUCAACAACAGCAUUUGUUGAAUUGUAGACAAGAGAGAGUCAACUAAUAUUGCCCGUCAGACAGACAACAACCUUAGAAAGGUAGUGAGUACUGGUUAGCAGUACUAUGGAAAAUAGCGUAAGUACUGUAGUACUAUAGCGUGGUAUCUAUAUAGUGUAUAUCAUGUAUGGUAUUGGGUAGAUAGUAUACCCAAUGCCAUAUACCCUAUGCUAUGUAUUUCUUUUGAAUUUUUAAUAUAUACUGCACAAUAUAGUACUACAUACAUACUAGAUACAAUGAUAUUAAUAUAUUACAGGAUUUGGAAUAUGAACAUCUAAGUUCAAGUCCAGGACUUGCCAAAUUCAAAUCUCCAGCUUCUCUGAGCCUCAGUCUUCACAUCUCUAAAGUUGAGAUCCUACUACCUGCAGCACAGGGCUGCGGCCAGGAUUAAAAGAGAUAAUGUGAGAAUGCUUUGUUUACUACAAAGUGUCAGUCAAGUGCUAGUUAUUUCUAGUUUAUAUUCUCCAAGAAAAUGAUCACUCCCAUGGUUAUCGUUAAAUCCAAACUCCUUCAAAAGGGCUGUCGUUUUUAAAUCUUGGUAUCCUUGAAAGGGCCCAGGACUUGGAUGUGUCGCCACCAGGUGGCGCUAGAUGCCAAAUAUGCCAAUUGUCUUCAACCCCCAUCUUUAUUUCAAUUCUAACCUGUUCCGUUUUUGCCGUCAUUGAAGAGGAAGGAAAAUACUCACAAAUGUGUUUCCUAGGUCAACUUUAGCUCAUAAGAUCAAUGUUGGCCUCACUGUGGGAAUAAGAAAGCCAGGGAGAUUGCAUCCAGCCUUCAAUCUACUUUGUUUACUGAAGGCAGGUUGCUCUCAAGUAAAGUUAGGCAGCCGUUUUAGGCAAUGGGCUCUGAAAGAGUCUGCAAAGUCCUCAUGCCAGGCACAUUGGGGAACAUAAGUAUUGUAUAUGCUGGACACCAAUCGAGGAUCCUAAAUUUUUUUAUUGUGGGUAAAUCAAAUAUCCCUUUGCACGUCCCUCAUCGCUAAAUGGUUGGGGAUUCAUUUUUCCUGUUGCUCAGGAUUAAGGCAAAACAUGAAAAGGGACUGCAGCGUGGAUGCUUGUUUGCCUCAUACAUUAUUCAUCGUUAUCACUGAUAGCAUUUGGUUCCCUAUUUCACAGUUGUCAACAAAGGAAGGGAAAAUUGUGAAAUAAACCAUGUAUACCAAGAGAGUGUUUUGCUGUUGGGGAGCAAAUAUUUAAUACAAACUUAAAUAGGCUCUGCUACUGAAACCAAAUUUCCAUUAAAAAUAAAAUUAGCUUUUUUUUUUUUAACUUUCCUUUCUGCCCUUUUCAAAUGUGGAGGAUUUUAUCAAGUAGUGUUCAACAGGUGCUAGGCAGAGGGCACUGUGGGGUCCUUCUGGCAGGAGUACCGACGGCUGGGGAAGGACGACGCUGGGGACGCAUACCGGGAGGCAGAGAGACAGCCCCAGUCGUAUCUUCACUAAGCCAUAGUAAAAUAGCCGGGAAACUAAACACAAACACACAGAACACUAAAGGAAAGAAAAAGAGGAAGAAAGGCUAUGGAAAACCUGAGUGUGGCAACUGUCACUGUCAUUUGGAAGGAUAUUUGCACAUUUUUCCAGCAGAGGUGUCAUGUGCUCUGGUCUGGGGCAUGGCCGUGGAGAUGAGAACAUAACGCAUAGCUCCUCUGGAGUAUCUUACCAAGCAUGUCUAGAUCAGUAAGAAAAAUACCAAGACUAGCAAAAUGAGACAAUUCCCAGAGGAAAUACAACUGCUAAAAAAUGGGCAAAAUGGUUAACUAUACGUAGAAAUAACUAUGAGUUAAAUUGAGACUACCUUUGUUGCCUAUCAAAUGUAUAAGGCUUAAAAAAUACUAUUCAAUGCUGAUAAAGGAGUAGUAGCAAGACUGAUUAUGGAGGUACAAAAGUAUGGUUUCUCUAAAAUAGCACUGUCCUCUAGAACUUUCUGAAAUGAUGAAUAUGUUCUCUGUCUGUGUUGUCCAGUAUGGUAACCACCAGCCCCGUGUGGCUGUUGUGGACUAAGGCUGGUGGCCAUGCAACACAGGAACUGAUUUUAAAAUUACAUUUAAAUUUAAAUGUAAUUAGUCCCAUGUGGCUACGUGGCUACCAUAUUGGACAACAUAGGGCCAGUACACAAGUAGGCAUCGUAUAGCAAAUCCAUAAAUCUGUACGUAAACUUUGAUCCAGUAAUCCCAUAGUUGGGAAUCCAAUUUAAGGAAACAAUCAGGUGUUUAUACAAAGAUUUCAUCACAGUGCUAUUUAGAGUAAUGAAAAGGUGGCAACAGCUCAGAUGUUUAAAACACAGGAGAUUGAUUAUAUAAAUUAUAGUAUGUGUUAGAAUAUGGUGCAAUCAUUGAAAUUAUUUUGAAAAUUGUUAAUAUAAAUAAAUGCUCAUUAUAAAAUGUAAUAUAAGAAAGCUAGAAUAUAGAACUCUACAUAAGAAUGGUUUCA